CAUUCUUUAGAAGGGAAGCUCCACAAAAACUUACCUUCAAAUCAUUGAAGCAUCGUCUCUCCAAUACAGAUUUCUUGAGAAAGAAGCGGAAAAUGGAUGGAUUGCAGGAAAUGGGGAUUCCAAUGCUGGGCAUUGUUGCAGCUGCAGCCAUUACCUUCUACGCCGUAAGCUUUUCAGAGCUUCGUGAGAAAUCAUUCAGAGAUUUGGAUGAAUCUGAGGAUCAGAAAGGAGGGUUUCAGAUGACUUCGAGUUCAAGAGAAAGGCGAGCAAGAAGAAAGGCUGAAAAGGAAGCUAAAAGAUGAUCAUUUCUUCCCUGAUUUUCUUUAAACAUUUUGUGAGAUAAUUUGCCACUUUUACAAGCUUUUACUUCUUAUUUUGCCAUGUCUGUUAAGAAUUCCAUAAGGAACUUUUUAUUACAAGAAAUGUAUCUGAAAAAAAGAGCAUUUCUGCUUUGAAAUCUAUAUCAAACAUCAUCUUAAGAAUCUAGUAGUUUGAGUUGCCAUUUAUGAACAACAUCCAAGACUUUUUAUAACUUAAAAA